UUUCUCUCAGUGCUUAGCGCAACACGGUCCGAGGCGGAGCGCAGCUCGACUCGCCGAUAAAGACGUAAACAAACGAGUCGCGCCUCGUUCUUACGAGGAAUAAUCAUAAUUAUCAAGGGUGUACGGUAAUAACAACUCGGUACACGGUCGGAUGACAAAGAUAAGAAAAAAAUACACGCGUAUACGUGUGAUGACAACUUGAAUUGCGUCGCUUGGACUGAUCGAAUUAAUCGGAGUGCCGCCUUAAAGCUUUUCGGGGUGGAAUUCCGCCCGGAGGAUACGAUGCGGAUUAAUUGAGCAACUUUUCUUUUCUUGUCUGUAAACGCGGAGUGAGUUUAAACGGAAUCGGGAUAUUCGUUCGCUAGUGUGGAGUGUGCGUUACCAAAAAGUUGCAUGAAGCAUGUCGCCCUCCCAGGAAUCGCCCUCGAAUCUCUCAUCGAUUAAACGCCGCUGAUCGAGGUUGCCGUUCGCCGUGCAGGGGUUCGAAGAAGACGGACAACGCUUUAACGCCAUGGAAGGAACGGUUCGCCUGUUGGUUCUGCUGCAGUUUCUCGUCUCAGCGAUGACUGCCGAGGACUUUCGACACAUAGCCUACGAAGAUCUCGCUGACAGCAAUCUAUUCCAGAUGAAUGGCGUUACCUCUUUUUCUCAGCUACUAUUCGACGUCGCGAGGCAGCAGGUCUUCGUCGGUGCUCGGGACAACUUGUUUCGACUAACGCUCAGCCCACUCACUGUCCUCGAGCACGCGCCCUGGACAGCGCCACCGGAGAAGGCAACCGUGUGUCAGGACAAGGGACAGAGCGCCGACGACUGCCACAACUACAUCAAGGUGGUACUUAGCAACGGGAAAAGCCUCUUUGCCUGUGGUACCAACGCCUUCAGUCCCCAAUGCACGUGGAGAGAGAUCGAGAAUAUAAACAGUGUUACAACGUGGAUGGCGGGCGUUGCGAUGUGCCCUUAUUCUCCUCACGCCAAUGUCACAGCCUUGCUCGCCAUGGGACCAUCCGGAGGUCUGUUCGCCGGGGCACCGACCGAUUUCGCGGGGGCUCAUCCGGCCAUCUACAGAACUCUGGCUACUCCGAUUCUGAGGACACAUCAAUACGAUCCAAGAUGGCUCAACGACCCACAGUUCGUUGGCAGCUUCGAGACCGAGGACCACGUCUAUUUUCUAUUCAGGGAAUCUGCAGUGGAGUACAUGAAUUGCGGAAAGAAAAUCUACUCGAGGAUAGCCAGGGUGUGCAAAAAUGAUCCUGGGGGUCAGACAAUGAUGCAGGAUAUCUGGACGACCUUUAGCAAGGCCAGAUUGAACUGUUCCUUGCCAGGAGAAUUUCCGUUCUACUACGACGAGAUACAGGGUGCGGCUUACCAGCCUGAGGAAGGCAUUGUCUACGCCACAUUUACAACGCCAAGCAACAGCAUCCCUGGCUCCGCCAUUUGUGCCUUCAAUAUGUCCGCCAUCAGCGCCUCGUUCAACGGGCCCUACAAACAUCAAGAGAACUCUGGUUCUGCAUGGGAACGCAGACCGGUCGCACAUCGCAACAGACAACACUGCGGCAUUCCGACAACCAACGCGGCCAACCAACUUCUUGACACUCAGCGGUACCAGCUCAUGGACGACGCUGUUCAGGGCGCCACUUUGGAACCGCUCCAUACGACGACCAUGGAAAGAUUCACGCACAUUGCCGUCGAUGCUACUCCGACCAAGGUUCACCGGACCGUGACGGUUCUCUAUGUCGCCACGACGGAGGGGCUCGUCAAGAAGAUCUCCGUUCUACCGAGGACCCAGGAAACCUGCGUCCUCGAGGUUUGGGGCCCACUGCCAUCCUCCGUAAGGACCUUACAGUUCCUGAAGGACACUCAGAGCCUCUACGUGGGAAUGGAGAACGGUCUUCUGAGGAUACCAGCCGCUCAGUGUCAUCGGCAUCGUGGCCGUCAGGCCUGCCUGAAUUCCCAGGAACCAUACUGCGGCUGGAACGACAUGACGCAAAAGUGCGCUGCCAUACCGUCGCAUGCUUAUCUCGACACUCACUGGUCCCAGCAAGCCACGCACUGUCCAGUAUUGACAGACCCGGUUGACGGAGGAUGGAGCUCAUGGAGCGCAUGGGCACCGUGCCAACACGGAACCGCGGUACAAAUGCCGCAUUCUCACCACGGCCACAAUUACGAAGACACUAGGGAGAGCACCGAUAUGUGCCAGUGUCAGACGAGAGAGUGCAAUAACCCUCCACCAAAACAUGGUGGUGCGGGUUGCGUGGGAACGAAGGUGAGGGUGUCCAACUGCACGGUGCACGGCGAAUGGACGGCAUGGUCAGCUUGGUCAGAGUGCUCUCAAACUUGCGGUUUUGCAAUGAAGACGCGUCGCAGGACUUGCGGCAAUCCCGCGCCUGCAUUCGGCGGCAGAGUUUGCGUCGGAUACGAUCACACCGAGAGCGUCUGCCUCGAAUUACCACCCUGUCCAACACCCGCCAAGGCUGCGCCGCCUCCCAAAAAUGGACAGUGGUCACAGUGGUCACCUUGGGACAAGUGCUCGAGGCCUUGCGGGGGAGGAAUUCGUACGAGAAGGCGAACGUGUGAUAAUCCUUUGCCAAGUGACGGUGGCGCGGAAUGUCCAGGCUGCGGUUUCCAGAUCGAGGACUGUAACACGCAUCAAUGCGAGGACGAGAAACGAUCCUCUGCAAUGACGCCGUGGCUUCCGGUAAACUCUACCGUGUCAGCUAUCGGUUACACGGAAAAACGUUACCGCUUUAGCUGUCGGGUUCAGACCAAAGACCCGUCUGGACUUCGUAUCCAAAUGUCGAAAGAGGAACGAUACUGCAACUCUGAUGGAUCAUGCCUGAAGGCCAUGGGCGCUGGGCCGAGCGAACCUUCGGAGGAUGGCUGGGGAGAAUGGUCAUCCUGGACUACCUGUACACGAACAUGCGGGAAGGGCAUUCAGCACAGGAUAAGGCAAUGCGAGUCGCCACUCUGCGAGAACGCGGAAGCAGAUUCGAGUGAGAGUUCAAAGCAGUCAAGGUUCUGCAACAUUCAACCAUGCCGAGAGAGCAGCGGUGCAGGGCAAUGGUCCUGCUGGACGGACUGGUCCGAGUGUUCGGUAUCUUGCGGUAUCGGAGUUCGAUGGCGGACGAGGAAGUGCUUGACAAGCUUUGGUAACGAUGACGAGGACGAGGAUUUGGACGAUGACGAAGACGAAGACGCGGAAAACGGCUGCGAGGGGCCCUCGACUGCAAGGGAAACCUGCGAGAUGCCGAGCUGCGAAUAUCUUCGUGGUUGGGAUCAGUGGAGUUCUUGGACUCCUUGCAAUUCGGAGGGGCAACAACACCGGAAACGCCAUUGUCUCCAGGAACCUUGCGCUUUUGAACGCGCCCAUGAAACCAGAGUCUGUCCUGUCGACUGGAUGGACAAUGACAUCUCUAACGCCCUGCCGCGAAGCGUCGAUGUUGCUGGUAUAUCGGUCGGAGCCGUGGUCGGAGGGUGCAUCAGUGGUUUCGUGAUUGGAAUACUGUUGGCCGGAGCUCUAUGCUUCGUUUACCAAAAACGCCGGCAGCCGCGAGUUCCGGGAAGCCCGCAUUACAUCAGCAAGCAGAAUCCGUACGUUACGGUGCCCCUGAAGGAGGUGAACACCAAACGCCAGCCAAGUUUUUCUGGAAGCACAAACGGCAACGGAACGCUUCGCACCAAGAACAAUCCCAACGUUAACGGAGGACUGGGAAGUCCGAAGUUGUACCCGAAGAGCUUGGACUACGAGUCCGCAACCCUGAAGAGGAACAGUCAUGGACAACCGCACAUAAGGGCCGACCUGGACCAAGACAAGUAUUACUGAGAUUCGAGAAAUUGCCGCGCAAGUAACGAGCGGCAGUAUGACACUUGAGGAACGAGGAUCAAGAAUGCACUUGCGGUUAAUUGGGUGCAAAAUGACGCAUGGCGUUUCGGCAAUUAUCCAACGCGGAAAUGGGUCAACGGAAAGUCCGUAUGAGGAUGCGGAAGCCUGACCUAGUUGGACGGAGAUAAUGUCUCAAACGUAAUUAGCCGAAUAUUUGUUCAAUGAUCGAGGAACGAGACAAGGAUCGUUUUGCCCUGCGAUGACAAAUCUAUGCAUGUGUAACGAGCGUGGGCUUCGAUUUUUAAAAAAGUUUAUUCUAUAGUGUUAACAGAUAUUCCCGGUUUUUUUUUUGUCCUUCCCCGUUAUUUUUGUUUUUAUUAUUAUAUUAUAUAGCAGAUUUUACAAAUGAACGUUUUUAUUUUUUCAUUAUAUACAGUUUUUGUUCUUUUCUUCCGUUCGCGUAAUUCCGAACCAAUUUCCUUUUGUUUCAUUUUAGUCCAUGUUAAUUUCUGUGUUUACUUACAUUUCGUUACACCUGAUGUCAUUUAAUUUUUCAUUAUUUAAAACAUGGUUGAAUCGCAUAUUUGCUUAUAGGCUUAGGUUAUAGACGGACAUAUUUUAAUGACUAACGGCUGAAUACGGUCUCCAUGGCGAAAUAUGCUUCAUAUUUUAUUCAAAGUAUUUUAAUUCAAGGUCUUACACUAAUCUUCCCCAUGAUCGAGAAAUGUUCUUAUUCACAUUUGAAUAUCCGUUACGAGGUAUUAGUUAGGAAUAAUAAGUGCCUUAUUAACAGUAGCAUUUUAAUUAUUUGUUUAAUAUAAAAUAUUAUCGUUAAUUAAUGUAAUACUUUAAACUAGUGAUUAAAAAGAAAAUCAACAGUUGCUCAAUAAUGCAAGAACGUCAAUUAAUAAGUAUAGUGGAAUUCAAUGAGUGAAAUAAGAAAAAGUAAUUAAAAAAAAACUUUCGAAACUAAAAGGAUCAUUGCACGCUAUUGAGAUAUAAUUGUUCUUUCAAAUAAUUCAUUUGACCAAGCAUAAGGAGUAUGUGAUCGAUUUUAAGUAUUCCCGGUGUCUUGUCUUUGCAUUAGUUCCGAAAUCGUAUUUCGGGCAGCUGGGAAUUCAAUUCUAACUGCCAAUUGAUUUAACUUUUUUUCAUGUGAAUACGAAUCUAUUCUAAAAAAUAAGAUGAUAGAUAUUUUAACGAAAGCACAGAGAAAACAAAAACUACAAAGCAAGUAAAUCAAGUUAAUUGAAACAAAUUAGAUUGAAAAAAUUCAACAAGGUGGAGAA